CACUAACUGAACUAACCAUUUUUUUUAAUUGUAGAUUAAUUUUUUUGUUCAAAACUUAUAAAUAUUUUAUGUGAAUUUUUUAAAAAUUUUAAUUAUUAUAACUGCCGCAUCCUACAAUUGACUGAAAUUAUGAGUUCAGUAUAAAAUUUGUGUGCCGAAAAGAUAGGGGAAAAAAGAAAAAAGAAAAAAAAAAAAGGGUUUUCCAGUUGCUCAAAGAAAAAAAAGAAAAAGAAUAAUAAUUCUUCACGAGAAGUCAAGCUCAGGUCUAUAAAAGCCUGGAAAAUAAACCUCUGGCAUCGCCAGUUUCGUUUUACUACUUCCUUAGUCUCUCCUUCGCGGCUGAAGAAAAGAAAAAGAUUAAAAAAAAAAAACAAAAAAAGAUCAUUGAACUCUCUCAGCUCAAUUGCACUCACUAUCAUAUUUUCAUUAUAUACUUCGGUUGAUCAUCAAAAUGGCUUCCUCUGAGUUUGAUACAUUAAAAGCUGAAAAAGCCGACGCCAUGAGAAGAUACAAACGACAGAGAAUCUUUACACUCUGUUUACACUUGGCAGUUACUUUCGCUCUUCUAUGGUGGUUCAUUAGUUUGAUCAUUCCUGUCGUUGAAGGCAUGCCGUCACUUUAUCUCCCUCUUUUAAACCAUCAGUUCGUCAUUUUUGGCCUGAUCAACACGCUCGUUUUCCUUAUAUACAGUUUCUCCACCUCAAACCAGAACCACAACGUGUCUAAUCACAACCUUUACGACCAAUACGUCUCCUUCUCCUCCUCCUAUCACCGGAAAACGCUGUCCGACGAGGAAAAAGAAAAUCAGAAACAAACAGUCGUCUCGCCGGCACCGGAGAUUAUUCAACCGGAAGAGAUUAUCUUUAGCGACAAACAGAUUGUUCAUUACGAGAAUGUUGCUGCUAUUGAUCAUGAGAAUCAAGUACGCGACCUUAUGGUUCCAGAAAGUACUACAGUUGAUGAUACAGAAGACAAGCGUUUUAUGAGGACGCAAUCCGAGAAGUAUGCGGUGGAGGAGAAGAAGAAGAAGAGGAGGAGUCAACGAAGAGUAUUGCGGCGCUCGGAGACAGAAAUUAAUGGAAGGGAAAUGGUAGUGGUUGCCGGUGGUGGUGAUCGGAGACACAGUAAGUCAAUAAAGGAUAUGAAUAAUGAAGAGUUCAGGCUUACAAUUGAGAGUUUUAUAGCUAGUAAAAAGAAGAGUUUGAGAGAUGAGAAUUUUGCUGCUCUAAUGCAAGAGAAAGAGGAGUAAUUUACUGUUGUGAUUAAUAGCGGUAAGAAAAAGUGAAUAGAGAGAUUAAAAACGGAAGGAAUUAGGCAUUAAGAAGUUAAAAUCUAUCUCGAUUUUAACGAAAGUAGAUUGUAUGUAAAUAGCAUAAUUCCUGUUUGAUGGCAAUUAUGAAUUAUGAAUUAUGAGUUUCUUUUGCCA